GCGCGCAUCGCUACACGCGCCCUCCUAGGACGUCGACCACGACGUUCUACUUCUUGCCACCGUCCGUAUCCUUCGCAGCUCCAGCUCCAACGUCAGCCUCGGUAUGCUCAACGGGAUCAAUGGGAGCAUCCUCAAAAAUGUCCAUACCAGGAAGAGGGUCAUCGAUGAAAUUGUCGUUGGGAGGAAGACCGAGGUUGUCGAGCAUGGGGUUGUCUAACUGGGGUGUAUUAGGAGCCGUGGGACGGGCCUUCUUGCCGCGUUCGUUACGACGUUCCUCCUCGAUGGCACGUUUGGCGAGAAGCCACGCUAACUCGUCCGCGGUUUUGGCGCGUUCGACGGAGAUCUUGUUAUGGUCUGCCGGAAUGAGUAAACUGAAUGGCGCAGGGUUGCGAACGAUAACGGGAGUGCCGAAGAUGGGGUCAAGGUAGGAAAAGCCGUAAGAGGAGGUAGGAUCGACGUUCCACGCUUCGGCGAAGUCCCUAUAGCCACCGGGUUUGGGGCGAUUGCCCUUGAGUGCGGUGCCGGCGCGAAUAUCACGGUCGUAUUUAAGGUAAAGGAUGACUUGGUCGACGGCAUACCGAAAGGGGUGGUGGCUGUCACUAGGGUCGCGUAAAGCAAGGUCUCCGGAUACGGGGAGGCGAGAUGCGUUGACGUUACGAAGGUCGUCGGACAUGGUGUAAGAGUGUGGUGAGCAAAGGUAGGAAAGAUGUGAGGAUGAGUCGGACACCGUCGCAAGCACUCACCGACCCUUCUUAUAGGUGCGGGCCACUCUGCCAAGACUUCUAGCAGGCCAACGAAAACCUGUGGAUUGUCUUUGGGCGGAAGCCCUGAUCCUGCUUUUAGAUCGGAAAUUCUUUCAAUCCCUACCAGUUCUAGAUAGGCAGAUAGGCACUCAAGGCCAGCUACUGUAGAAUAUGGUACCCAUGUUAUGUCACCGGAUUUCCAUACUACUUCAAAAAUGGCACUUUCGCCAGAUCCAGUGUGUGACUUGAUGUGGC